AUGUUCCACGCCAACACCUUUGAAAGACCCAAAUUCUCUCCUUAUGAGGACAACGGAGGUACUACAUUGGCAAUUCCGGGUGAAGACUAUGUAAUUGUAGCAGCUGACACCAGAAUGAGUUUGGGUUAUUCCAUUCAAACCCGUAAAUCUACAAAAUUAUGCAAAUUAACAGAUCGAUGUGUGAUUGCUUCUGCUGGUAUGCAAUCUGAUGCAGCCACUCUCCACAAAGUAUUAAAGAUGAGACUUGUAGAAUACGAACAUCAGCACGGAAAGCCCAUGAGCGCUGUGGCUGUAGGUCAAAUGCUUUCUAACAUGUUAUACAAUCGUCGAUUCUUCCCAUAUUAUACAUUUAACUUGGUUGCCGGAAUUGAUAAUGAAGGAAAGGGUGUUGUAUAUGGAUAUGAUGCUAUUGGAUCUUAUCAAGCAGUAGAAGUUGGAAGUCAAGGUUCUGGUCAAACUUUAAUUCAACCACUUCUUGACAAUCAAGUCGCUUUUAAGAAUCAUCUUUUAGUUCCAGACAAGAAACUUUCUCUUGAACAAAGUCUGAGCAUUGUUAAGGAUGCUUUUACCAGUGCAGGAGAACGAGAUAUUUAUACUGGUGACUCGGUUGAAAUUAUGAUUAUUACAAAGGAAGGAAUCAAGACUGAAAUCUUAGAACUCAAGAAGGAUUAA